AGAAGGCCCUCCUAGCAGCAGAGAAGAGCAUAGUCGCUAUAGGAGCCUCUCGUGGUGACCCUCGCACCCCCAUCUUUGAGGGGUGUUCCCCUUCCCCCCUUUUGCCCUCUGUCGCCUCUACUGCUGCGGUCGACCUUGUUGGUCUUGAGUCGGUCGGUGCGGCGUCUGCCCCUAGCGGGAGACGCCGCUCUGGCAAGGGCAAAGGGGGCAAGGGCGCGGGUGGAGCUAGCGGGGGUGGCGGAGGUGGCGGUGGAGGCGGCGGAGGGAGUGGGGGUGGCGGUGGGAGUGGUGGCGGGGGUGGAGGUGUCGGUGGCAGCAGUGGAGGCGGAGGCGGCGGAGGCGGUAGCGGUGGGAGCGGAGGCGGCGGUGGUGGCGGAGGUGGAGGAGGCGGUGGUGGAGGUGGUGGAGCUGGUCGGGGUGGCGCUUCGCAGUGGAGCGGCUCCGGUGGUGGUCAGCGCCAGCAGCAGCAGCAGCAGCGUUCUCGGGACAUCCCCCCCCCUCAGCAACUCCGUGAGUGGUACGCUGCGCCUCAGCAUGGUGGGGGUUUUGGUCCGUGCACCUACGUCCUUCGCACCGGCGACCGCGCGGCUAUCUUUGAUCUUGACUUUGAUGCUAUUCUUGCUGCCAUGUAUGCUGUGACUUAUAGUGACGAGGGUGACUGUUACCGGUGUUUCCCGCCCGAUCCAGGCAUUGAGACUGCUGCUCUAGGUGCUGGUGAGGCUGCUGCUCUAGGUGCUAGUGCGGCUGUUGCUCUAGGUGCCAGUGCGUCUGCGUCCUCAGGUACUAGUGAGUCUGCGCUCUCAGGUACCGCGUCGGCUUCGGCCUCCCUCACCUUCACACUUGACUCAGGGGCUUCUCGCUCCUUCUUUCGAGACCGCACCACACUCACACCGCUUGGUCGGCCGGUUGCAGUCUCCCUGGCAGACCCCUCUGGGGGUCCUGUCCUCUCUCACUUCUCCACUGUCCUCUCGUGUCCGGCUGCCCCCUCUGGCACCUUGUCUGGUCUUUACCUCCCCUCAUUCUCUACGAACUUGGUGAGUGGUGCUGACCUGCAGGAUGCGGGGGUCCACCAGUUUGCUCCUGCAAGUCAGCGGGUGAACCCACUGCUCGGACGCUCGCACAGGCCGGCACCUGGCCACGUUUACGCAUUGGCUGGGGUCGAGCCUCUACACCCUGACCACUGA